CCCCUCCCACUGCUGAGCCCCGCCCACCCCCGGGGUAUGAGGGCGUGGCUGAGCGGAUACAUUGUAGCGGGGAGCGGCUGCCCGGACUCCUCCCGUACACGGACACACUGCGGACGGCGGAGGCACCGGCUGCGUCACGACAGAAGAUGAUGCCUUUUGGAGGAAUCGCGUCAAAGCUGAAAAUCGAUCGGCUGAGGGCGGCGGGUGUGGGAUCCCACGACUGCGCAGUGAAAUACCUGAACCAGGAUUACGAGAGCCUGCGUCAGUCCUGCCUGGAGAACGGCGCCCUCUUCGAGGACCCCCACUUCCCCACUGCCGCCUCUUCAAUCGGCUUCAAGGAGCUGGGACCUGGCUCCAGCAAAGUCCAGGGCGUCCGAUGGAAGCGACCAUCAGAAAUCACUUCGGAUCCACAGUUCAUAGUCGGUGGAGCCACCAGAACCGACAUCUGUCAGGGGGCCUUAGGUGACUGCUGGCUCCUGGCUGCUAUUGGUUCCCUGACGCUGAAUGAGGAUCUUCUGCACCGGGUCGUCCCUCAUGGGCAGAGCUUCCAGGAAGAUUAUGCAGGAAUCUUCCAUUUCCAGAUCUGGCAGUUCGGGGAUUGGGUGGACGUGGUGGUCGACGACCGGCUGCCGGUGAAGGAUGGAGAGUUGGUGUUUGUUCACUCUGCCGAGUGCUCAGAAUUCUGGAGUGCACUGCUGGAGAAAGCCUAUGCCAAACUGAACGGAUCCUAUGAAGCCCUCUCUGGAGGCAGCACCACAGAGGGGUUUGAAGACUUCACUGGUGGUGUCGCCACGAUGUAUGAACUGCGGAAACCCCCGCGAGACCUGGACAGAAUCAUCAGCCGAGCACUGGAGCGAGGGUCCCUGUUGGGCUGCUCCAUUGAUAUCACUAGUGCCUUUGACAUGGAAGCCGUUACCUUCAAGAAGCUGGUGAAGGGCCAUGCGUAUUCUGUAACUGCUCUCAAGGAGGUAAACUACCGAGGUCAGGGGGAGAAACUCAUCCGUAUUAGGAAUCCUUGGGGCCAGGUGGAGUGGACGGGAGCCUGGAGCGAUAACUCUUCUGAAUGGAAUGAGGUUGAUCCUUCAGAGCGGGAAGACCUGCGCCUCAAGAUGGAAGACGGCGAGUUCUGGAUGUCCUUCCAAGAAUUCCUGCGCCAAUUUUCACGUCUGGAGAUCUGUAAUCUCACCCCUGAUGCGCUCAGCAAGGAUGAUCUCAGCAAGUGGCACACGACGAUGUAUGAUGGGACGUGGCGGAGGGGGAGCACUGCCGGGGGCUGCAGGAAUAACCCAGCCACUUUCUGGAUCAACCCUCAGUUUAAAGUCACACUUCUGGAAGAGGACGACGACCCAGAUGAUAACGAGCUUGCCUGCAGCUUCCUGGUAGCGCUCAUGCAGAAAAACCGUAGGCGAGAACGGAAAGCUGGCGGAGACAUGCACACCAUCGGCUUUGCGGUGUAUGAGGUCCCUGAUGAGUUUAAGGGCUGCCAGAAUGUCCACCUUAAGAAGGAUUUCUUCCUGCGGCACCAAUCCUGCGCCCGCUCCGAGACCUUCAUAAACCUACGGGAAGUGAGCACCCAGAUCCGCCUGCCCCCCGGGGAGUACAUCGUCGUCCCGUCCACCUUUGAGGCGCACAAGGAGGGAGACUUCGUGCUGAGAGUCUUCACUGAGAAGCAGUCAGAGACGGAGGAGCUGGAUGAGGAGGUGUCUGCAGAUCUUCCUGAUCAGGAGGAGAUCUCUGAGGACGACGUAGACGACUCCUUUAAGAACAUGUUUCGGCAGCUGGCUGGAGAUGACAUGGAGAUCAGCGUCUUCGAACUGCGGACCAUCCUGAACAGAGUCGUGACAAGACACAAGGACCUGAAGACGGACGGAUUCAGCAUGGAGGCAUGCCGCCAGAUGGUUAACCUCAUGGACAAAGACGGCAGCGGGAAGCUCGGGAUUGUGGAGUUUCAGAUCCUGUGGAACAAGAUCCGGAGCUGGCUGGGGAUCUUCAGGCAGCACGACCUGGACAAGUCCGGAACUAUGAGCUCCUACGAGCUGCGUAUGGCCCUGGAGAGCACAGGGUUCCGGCUGAAUAAUAAGCUCAUGCAGGUUCUGGUCGCCCGUUACGCUGACAACGACUUGGGAAUUGACUUUGACAACUUUGUGUGCUGCCUGGUGAAGCUGGAGGCCAUGUUCAGAUUUUUCCGAGGCAUCGACCUGGAGGGCAGCGGCGUGGCAGAGAUGAACAUGGGCGAGUGGUUGACGCUGACGAUGUGCGGAUAGAUUUGCAGGGGCCCCUGGGCCCCAGACACUCCACUGUGCCCGCGCUCCCUAGCCUCAUCCUAUAGGGACAUAAUCACUAGGACGGAACGUGGCGAUCACAUGACAAGACGAAAACUGAAAAAAUGUUCUCAUCGCACUGACCCCAGACCCCCAGAACCAGCCAAUCAGAGCCCUGAUCCUGACACGAGGGGCCCCGGGGACUGUAGACGGUCAUACAGUCACUGUGGAGUGUCUGGCCCCUCCCACCGCGACAGGUGGGUCCCCGUAUUAUCAUGUGUUUAGGAUCGGGGAGUCCUGGGGCCCCCACAUUCUGAACUGAAGGGCUCGAUACACGGGGGCGCCGCUCAUCAUGGAGAUCGUUACAGCAUGUCAAUAAAAAACUAUAAAGAC